UAAGGAUGUGUUUGGUGGAUAUGUUUAGUUAUUAGGAAUGAGUAUCAAUUCAAGUCAAUUCUUAUUGUUUGGUUGACAAGUUUUUAGAACAUUAUUACUAUACUCUUUAAUUAUUGCAAAAUCAUUCCCUAAUAAAAUAAGAGUUUCAUCCUCUUCCUCUUCACUCAAUUGCUUCCCCAACUAUUUAAUAAUCAUUUCAAUCCCACCAUACUACCAAACAUACAAAAUACUUUCACCAAAAUCUAUUACCACAUAGUCAUUUGGAUUCCGAUUCCAUGUGCAAACCAAAUACACUCUAAAUUGUAUAUAUGAUACUUAUAAGUAACGUUGAGUGAAUUGAUAUGAUGGAAUAGAAACUUGGGGAGCGAUGAAGACGCCUGCAUUUAUAAAGGACAUGUUGGAGCUGGAAAAAUGGAACAUCCAAAUCUAUGUUAUGGCUAGCCUUGUGUUCCAAAUGAUACUGAUCCACCUUGCGCCGAUGAGAAGAUGGACAAACAACGGAUUCAUGUAUUUGGUGAUCUGGGCUGUGUAUUUACUCGCAACCUUCUUUUCCACCUUCGCCUUAUCUCUCAUCUACAACGACGCACCAGAUGAGGUGAAUAAAUCUGACAUUUUUCCUUUCUGGGCGCCCUUUCUGCUUGUCCACCUGGGCGGGCCUCACACCAUCACUGCACUCGCCAUGGAGGACAACAAUUUAUGGCACCGCCAUUUGCUCACCCAAACCGUUCAGGUCUGUUCAGUUUUGGUAGUUUUCUAUCAAUACAAAAUCUUCCAAAGCGAAUGGCUUCUCCCCACGGCCAUUGUUUUCCUCGUCGGAAUCGUCAAGGGCAUUGAGCGCAUCAACUCUCUCCACCUCGCGUCUUUCAAUUACGUCAGGAGGACCAUCCGGCAUUCUGGGAAAACAACGUCGUCGUCGGAUAAUGUUGUUGUUGACGAGUACGAGAUUAUAAGGAGGGGUUUCGAGUUGUACCAAACUUUCAAAGGCUUCAUCAUUGAUCACACCUUUAGGAACAAGGAUGAGUGUGGGACGGGGAGGGAGUGGUUGAGCGAGCUAGGCGAAGAGGAUGCGUUUAAAGUGAUGGAAAUGGAAGUCAACUUCAUGUAUCAGGCCAUGUUCACCAAGAUGAGUUCGGUCCAGUCCUGGAAGCAUAACUACUUGUGGUUAAUCUGGUUCAUAUGGCGGUUUCUUUGUCACGCUUUACUUAUAACCGUGGCGGUUAUCUUCUUCUGCCAUUCCAAAAACCAUCUUAAGCAUGCUGACAUUGUUAUUACGUACUUGUUGCUGGGCGGUGCGGUUGUGCUGGACGAGAUAGCUAUCAUUCAUCUCAUAUUUAGCCACUGGACAAUAGCUAAAAUAACCAGGUCUGCAGGGAGGAAGGAGAAGAAGGCGGUGAGAAGCAGAAUUCUCCCAGUCAUUUAUGGUGGACUGAAAGCUUUUACGGCGAAUAAGUGUUGGUCAGGGAAGAUUAUACAGUACAGUUUGGUGGGGCACUCGUUAAGAGGACGACGGUGCAAAUGGGCAGAGACCAUACUGAACCACUAUUCAGUCAAGGAAGUUAUUGAUUCCGGUCUGCACACUAAAACCGCCAAGGUUGGACCCAGGUUAAAGAAGUUGGUUGUGGAGGACAUCAAAAGGAAGGUGGCGGCAGAAUACGAGGAUGUCGGGAAUCAGGGUCGUCGUCAUGUGGUCAUGGACAUAAUACUGCCCCUCGUUCAGGAAUAUAUUUCCGACGACUAUGCCACGCUUGUGUUAACCUUGCAUGUUGCUACUGAGAUAUGCUACUUCACCACCGGAGAAGGUGAUGAAGAAGACGCAAAAUUGUGCCUACAAAUCUCCCAAUAUUUGGCGUACCUUCUAGUGUUGGAGGGGAAUAUCACGUCCGCGCUGCCGGGAAGUAUAGGAAUUGGAAUGAGAUUCAAAGAUAUUUGUGAGGAACAAGCCCACCACACCUUUAACGACCUCUACGAUACCUUCAAUGCAGCAGGUAUAGGUAAAGGUACUGGUAUAUGGUGUUGGAAACAAACAAGUAGACAGGAAGCCUGCGAAUGCCUGAUAAAAAAGGAGUACAGUAAAUACGAGAAAUCAGUGUUGCCUAAGGCUGUUGAACUUGCAAAGGCAAUGAACACACAAUGUGCAGAUCCAGAAGCUGGCAAUAAUAGUCAGGGGGAGUUUUGGAAAGGUCUGAGUGAAGUGUGGGUAGGGUUGCUGGUCUAUGCCUCCGCCCAUUGUAGAGGAGAUGUUUACUACCUCAACAAAGGUGGGCAGUUUUAUACAUUUGUUCGCCUUUUGAUGGCUCAUUUUGGGCUACAAGAAAGCCUCAAAGGCGAACGUCCAUUUCAACUCCGCAAUGAGAUUCAUUAUUAAUAUACGGAGUAUAUAAUAAUGCUUAUUAUUAUAUUCUUCUGUAUAUAUGUAGAAAAAGUGUACUGUCCAUGGGUGAUCACUGAUCAACUCACUCAUCAUAUCCAAUUAUAUUGGUACGGUGAAAUCAAAGUUAUAUCUUUAAAGUUUAAUUUAUUUUAGGAUGUACAUGAAGUCAGAGUGAGUGAAUGUGCACUGUACCGUACCCUUAUGGCCUUAUUACUAGGUUGUGUCAUUUUUCAUUUAAAUUGUAUAUUGUGUGGUUUUUAUAUGAUUGUUUAUGUAUAUUUAUUUACUAAAUAUCUUUCUAUAAAUAUCUAAUGUUGUUGCUU